CCCUGGUAACGCGCGUGGGGCCGGUUCCUCAGCAUGAACGUACGGGUCGCGCGGGCUGCGUGGGCCUGGGGCCGGGGCGUGCGCUGCCGCCGCGGCGCCUCGAGCUUCCUGCUGCCUCCCCCGGGCGCGGUGGACGUGGAGGAGCUGCUGCGAGAUGCGACAGCGGCGGUGGAAGGGCCCCGGGAGGCCUCGGUGCGGCGGUUGCCGGGCCAGUGCUCGGUGCUGCUCUUCCCCGGCCAGGGCAGCCAGGUGGUGGGCAUGGGCCGCGGUCUGCUCCGCUACCCGCGCGUCCGCGAGCUCUACGCCGCCGCCCACCGCGUGCUGGGCUACGACUUGCUGGAGCUGAGCCUGCAUGGGCCGCAGGAGGCCCUGGACCGCACCGUGCACUGCCAGCCCGCCGUUUUCGUGGCUUCGCUGGCCGCCGUCGAGAAACUGCAUCACCUGCAGCCCGCGGUUAUUGAGAACUGUGUUGCUGCUGCUGGAUUCAGUGUGGGAGAAUUUGCAGCCCUAGUGUUUGCUGGAGCCAUGGAAUUUUGUGAAGGUUUGUAUGCAGUGAAAAUCCGAGCUGAGGCCAUGCAGGAAGCCUCGGAAGCUGUCCCCAGUGGGAUGUUGUCUGUCGUCGGCCAGCCUCAGUCCAAGUUCACCUUUGCCUGUCUGGAGGCCCAGGAGCACUGCAGGACUUUGGGCAUAGAGAACCCCGUGUGCGAGGUGUCCAGCUACCUCUUUCCCGACUGCAGGGUGAUCUCAGGACACCUGGAGGCUCUGCAGUUUCUCCAGAAGAAUUCCUCCAGGUAUCACUUCAGACGCACCAAGAUGUUGCCGGUUAGCGGUGGCUUCCACACCAGCCUCAUGGAGCCAGCUUUGGAGCCCCUGGCACAAGUUUUAAAGGCAAUUGAUGUCAGGAAGCCUCUGGUGUCCGUCCACUCAAACGUUAACGGCAGUAGAUACACGCAUCCAGAACACAUCCGGAAACUGCUGGUCCGGCAGGUGGUCUCCCCGGUGAAGUGGGAGCAGACGAUGCACGCCGUAUAUGAGAGGAAGAAAGGCACCAAGUUCCCCAAAACUUUUGAAGUAGGACCUGGGAAGCAGCUGGGAACCAUCCUGAAGAGCUGUAACCUGCAGGCCUGGAGGUCCUACAGUCACGUGGAGGUGCAGGAGGCUGACGAGGACCUGCACUAGAACCUGUAGGGGCCUCCCGCGGACCUUGGCGUGGAGGGCGCGUGGCUGAGGAGGCCGAAGGGGCUCCAGUGGGCAGAGCCCAGCCAGGCCGCCGCCUGCACGUGAUCGGGAGGGAUUGUUUGCAGAGUGCUUUGAGCGCCACAUAGAAAGCACUGAAAACGAGUAUUUCUUUACAUGACACUGUCCAUUUCUCCCCCCUUGAAACACGUUCGAGUGCCGGGGAGAGAUGCAGCCGUGACGGUUCUGUGAAGACUGGUGAGUUCCUGCCCUGCCUCUUGAGCAGGCCCCUCCGCCUCUCGGGGGCUCAGGGGCUCCUCUGGACAAGGGGCGGGAACGACCUGGCUGGCAGGUGUGUUCUGAGGACUGGGAAGGCCUGGCCUGCUGCCGUGUGGGUGCCGUGGGCAGGUGGCAUGGCCACAAGGCUGACCAGUGGCAGACGGGCUCCUCUGCUGCCCCAGCAUCCUCGGGCCACACACGGCCAAAGCCUUAGCUCCUUCGUCACUGAGGUUGAAGGGCUUUAGGACCCAGUGGGCUUUGGCAGCCAUCUGUCCACCCCUUCACUCAACAGUUGGGAGACCCAGGGCCCCAUCUGUUUACUUACCGCACAGAAAGUAUUGAGUGCCUGCUGUAUGCCAGGGAGUGAGUGGCCUCUGCCUUGGUAGGGAAGAGGGUCCUUUAGCAAGGCGGGACUGGUGCGGGGAGGGCAGCUGAGGGCCCUGUUUCCUCCCCCACCCCCAGUCAUCCCUUUAGACUGCAGUCGUGGAGUGCCUGCUGUGUGCCCGGGGCCUGGUUCGGCUCAGGCCCACCCGCAGAGCUUGUCCUCAGCUGCUCCACACCAGGAGCAGGGCGCAGACUCUCUGCUCCUAAUAUCAAUAUUAAAUACGAGUCAUUCUAAACUUCUUGGGGGAUUUUUUUCAUUAUUCAGCAAUAGUAGGAAAACCAUAUUGGGAAUGAAACCCCUGAGCUUGUUUUUUAAUUUAUUUUUUAUUUUUGGCUGCGUUGGGUCUUCGUUGCCGCACGUGGGCUUUCUCUAGUUGCGGCGAGCAGGGGCUACUCUUCAUUGCGGUGCGCGGGCUUCUCUCGUGGAAUGCGGGCUCUAGGCAUGCGGGCUUCAGUAGUUGCAGCUCACGGGCUCAGUAGUUGUGGCUUGUGGGCUCUAGAGCGCAGGCUCAGUAGCUGUGGCACACGGGCUUCGUUGCUCUGCGGCAUGUGGGAUCUUCCCGGACCAGCGCUUGAACCCAUGUCCCCUGCAUUGGCAGGCAGACUCUUAACCACUGCGCCUCCAGGGAAGCCCUUUUUUAUGUUUUUUUGAUGUGGACCAUUUUUAAAGUCUUUAUUGCUUCUGUUUUGCUUUGGUUUUUUGGCCUCGAGGCACGUGGGAUCUUAGCUCCCGGACCAGGGAUUGAACCUGCACCCCGUGCAUUGGAAGGGGAACUCUUAACCACUGGACCACCAGGGAAGUCCCCUGAGCUUGUCUUUAAAUGUUGCUGUUGUGUAGGCACAUGUCAAACCCUGGGUAGGGUUUCUCUUUUUUAAUUGCAGUCUAGUUGAUUUACAGUGUUGUGUCAGUUUCUGGUGUACAGCAAAGUGAUUCAAACUCAAACCCCAAACUCCUAAGGGUUUCUCAUUUUUAGUUCUGUGUUUCUCACCUGGGGCCCUGUUGGCCUUUGAGCAGAACUGGUCUUCAUUGUAUGGGACUGUCCCGCGCUUGUGGGCAGCUGUCCUGGCCCCUAGCCAUUACAUGCCAGUAGCAUUUCCGGGCAUUGUGACCCCAAACAUGCCCACACGUUCCCACAGCCCUUCCACGCUGAGAACCACUGCAUAUAUUGCCACAUAACCCAAUUUUCAGCAGGGCCUGGGUUUGCGUGCUCUUUGGAGCACAAUGAAGAAAGAACUAUUAUAUUUCUUCAAACUUAGUUUUAGAAAAUUUCAAACCUUCACAGAGAACUUUGUUAUUGUUUUUGAACAAUGCUGAGGCUGUUGGAAUCCCCUUUGCUGAGAGCUCUGAGAAAGCAAGCUCCCUGCACGGCCCAGGCUGUGGGUGUCUGGCUCGUCUGCGGGCAGCUCUGGGUACAGCCCCACGCAAGGGAGCCGGAGGAGCGGUGGAGGGCCGGUCUGCAGGCCUUACUGCUCCUCUGGACAUAGCUCUUUGCCUCAAGGGCUGCCCAGUAGGAGGGAACUCAGGGACGCAGGUGGGCAGGGCUGCAUCUCUACUUCAGGAGCCCUGGAGGGUUGGGUGGGCAGGCCCUUGCCCUGCCCCUGCUGACCCUGAAUCUGGACAAGUGACAGAGGCGGGGGAUUGUGAAGGGAGCUUUGGGAGGAGUCCUAGGGUGAGGGCCUGGGGGCCAUGGUGGACCCUACAGCCUGUUCCUUGGCAGGACCUUGGACAGUUCCUGUGCCCUUGGGGAAGACACCAGUGCUGUCCUCGGUCCGCAGGAGCUGGGACUCGCACCUGCCACCACAUCUCUGGUUCCAUGUCCGUGGAGAACCUUGGCCUGCUUCUUUCCAGCCACUUGACUCCCCAGGUCUACCUGGAACUGGGCACCGCUCCCCUCCCGUGGUCUGUGUGUCCACUGCGUGCGGCAGUGCCCCGGGGCCUGCCACAGAACUGCUGCAGGAGGUCGGGGGGCAUUGUGUGGAAAUUCUCUAGGAAUCAUGAGGCCAGUGGGUGGCCCCUGCCCUCUGCCUGAGAGGGACAGGCCUCUGGCUCUUCCUUUUAGGGACUGGAGAGUGCUUUCUGGUACUGCUGUUGACUCAGACUGAAGCCACUCUCAGCUCCUAAGGGCUGAGCGUCUUUCCGCUACUGUGGAAACUGCCAUGUGGAGCAGCCGGAGCGGGUUUGACUGGAUCCCAAUCUGAUUGGGGUGGGAGGACCCUGGUGUGACGGAAGCCUGGGUCCCCUUGGUCAAGUCCCCUACCUCUGGGCCUCAGUUUGCCCCUAGUCGGGUGGGCUUGUCUGGAGCAGAUGAGAGUGAAGUGCUGGCCCAAACGGCCAGAACCGCAUCUGCUCAGGAGGUCGAGCACCGCGUGGGAGCUAAAGUUGUAGCAAGCUAGCAAGGCCCCAGGGUUGUGUGAACUGGGAGACACAGUGGGUCAGACGCUGCCCCGAGCUGGCCAGUCUGCCUCCAUGCCCAGGCCUGUCUCCCAGCCCAGGGCCUUUGUACUGCAGUCCGGAUCCCCCAGCCCCUCCUCAGAGAGGACUUUCUCACCCACCGCAGGCCCCGUCAUUUUCUCUGUCCUUUGGGGCCCUCAGAACACAUCCGACAAUACUCUUGGCUGAUUUAUGUGCAUUUUUUCCUUCCCUAAAAUGAGUGUGAGAUCUGAGGCAGGCACCCAUGCUGUCUUCACAUCCCCAGAACCUGCCCCAGAGCUGAUGUAGAACAGUGGGGGCUCCUGAUACCCAUGGGUGGGAAGAAUGUUGCAAACCCCAGGACAGGAUGACCCUGGGGAAUGUAUCCCCAGGCUCCUGCAGGGAGAGGCCACUGCCCAGCCAGCAUCAGCUGCCACCUGGGGGCCCCAUGUAGUGUUUCCAGUCUGUCUCUUCCCUGAGGAGCCCCACACUCCUGGAGAAGCCACAGGCAACCCUGGCCGCAACCACGUGGGUACAUGGUUGGGUGGGCAGUUUGUCCUGAGAGCUCAGGAUGGAGCAAGCUGGGUGGUCAGGGAGGACUUCCUGGAAGAGGUACCUCUGGCUUUAGCCUUGCCACAUCCUUGGCCACUCUGAUUCUACAGUGGGUGCCCGGGCCUUGGAGUUAGUACACCCACACAGGGUGAGGCCUGGGAUCACUUCCAGGUCUAUAAGCUUGGUGGGGAUGGGGUACUUGUCUGGGAUAGAAAGUGACCUUUCCAGAUGAAACAGCCUGCCACAGAUGGGGCAUCUGAGCAAUUGCCUGGGAAUUGGGAGAUUCUGGGCUCACCCUGUGAGGUUCUGAGGGCCUGACAUAGUGACACCUUACACAGGAAAGGGAGUGAAGUUAGGCCUUAAAGCUGCGAAGGGCCAGACGUUGGGGAGCUGUGGCAUAAGGCCUGGGAGCCGCGUGGUCCCUUCAGUCAUGAGGAUUGGAAGGUGCUGGGGGAGUGGGCAGGAUGCAUCUCCUGCGGGGUCUGGAGUGGGGCAGGGUCUGACCAGCCUGGCUGGAAGGUGGAGAGGCAGCUGCAUCUGCUGGAUCAGCUCCGGGGCUGAGUGGAGGGCAGGGAAGGCUCCCCAGCCCUGGGCUCAGGAGGGGGCAGGAAGACGAGGCUGCAGGAGGUGCUGGGUUGGGGGAGUGGAAUGUGGGUGGGGGAGCUGGAAGAAGGUGGCUCACCCCAGCCCACGGUUGGCAUGAGGUAGGGGACUGGGGGCGGGGAGAGGCAAAAUGGCCUGGCAGGAUCUAGAAACAGCACUGGGUCCAGGUCUGGGGUGGGCCGAGCCCGCAGGGUGGGAGGCCUGGCAUCCUGCCCCUGGUGCCCCCUGCCCAGCCCCCUCUCCGCACCAUACCGCUGCGAGAAUCCCCACAGACUGCACUGCUCCAGAAGGAAGCGCUGGCUAAGCAGAUGGGGGGAGAGCAGGCAGCCCAUUUACAGGAGGCACUGACAGCCUAAAGGAAAUAAUCCCUAAUGGCAGACUUCAGGCACUAAGGCAUGACAAGGAGGGAUGAACCAGCUUGUGUUGGGCCAGACACGCCAGCAUUUGCAGGUGCAGGAAGGAGCCAGGAGGCUGUGUGGUACACGUGGGUGCACAGGUGGCCAGGAGCACGCCCUGCCCUCCCCCAACCCACAGGCAAAAUGCAGCCCACCCUGCAAACCCCCGGAGAGGACCAGAGGCUGUCUGGAAACCAACAUUUUAUUGAGCUCUCCUCACCCCACAGAAAUCUAUUCCAGCAGAUUCUUUUUGCCACGGGCAUCACGGAUACGGGGGUGUGGCCAGCACUCCCCCCGCUGCGCACUAUUUGACCGACCCCAGAGAGGGAGGCUCCUCCUCAGGACAGGCCCCCGCAGAGCAGGCUGGGGCCAGGAGAGCAGGUCAUUAACCAGUAAUGACCCCAGAGGUAAAAUAAAUUCAUUUCUCUUACAAAAACAAGGGAAAAACUAGUAUGAACCUCAGUGUCCCAGCACUCGGAGUUUAAAUAUAAAAAAGGGGCAACAGAAAACAGUUAAAAGCCAGCCAAACCGACAAGGCCACCUCCAGGGUGGUGGCAGAGCGGGCGGGGGGCCAGCCCCACCCCACGCGGGCCAGCAGCGGGUCAGUGGAGGCGGCGCCCCCAGCUGAGCGUCACCACCAGCAGCAGGGACAGCGCCAGCUCGGGCCACGGGCUGGGGGACACCUGCGGGAUGAAGGUGGGGACGAGUGAGGACCUCCAGCCUGCAACAGGCCUGCUCGCUCCACACCCAGCAGGGACAAGGCAGGCGAG